GUACCAUGUGAGUUUAUCCAAGACCCAAGUUUAUCAACACCAAGUUUAUUGACAUAAAUAUUUACCCUAAAAAUAGAUAUAAAUAAACAUUGUAUUAUUGUUUAUAAUAAAUAACAUUAAAAAAUGUUAGCUACAUUCGAAAAAGUUGUUCGAUUUCGUCUAAAAAAAUUUGGCAGUUUUCCGAUGACAUACAAAUUUUCAACAAUACCACAAAAUUCAGAAGUAAAUAAAUCACAAAAAAUUUGUAGAAAUAAAAAAGCUUUAUUUGGUCAACCAACGUCAUCAACCCAUCCACACCUUGUAAAGCCUGGUGAAAUUACACCUGGUAUUUCCCUCGAUGAAUUCAAAACAAGACGAUCAAAAUUAUGUGAAAAAAUUCUAUCAGAAAAAUAUUCUUCUAAAAAUUUAUCAAGCACACAUAUUUUAAUAAUACCCUCAUCAAGUAAAGUCUACAUGUCAGAUAAAAUUCCAUAUGUAUUUCGUCAAAAUACAGACUUUAAUUAUUUUACUGGUUGUCAAGAACCAGAUAGUAUUCUUGUAUUAACAAUAAAUCCAAACAAUAAUUAUAAAUCAACAAUAUUCAUGCAAAAAAAAGAUGAACGUUCAGAACUUUGGGAUGGUCCAAGAACUGGAGUUGAAGCAGCAACAAAAUUAUUUAACAUUGAUGAAUCACUUGACGUUUCUGACUUUGAAUCAUUCAUGACAUCAUUUAUAAAUGCUAAUAAAAAUAAUUGUACAAUAUGGUAUGAUAAUAAAAAUAUAAUAUCACAAGAUAUUCAUAAAAAAUUAAAUCAAAUAAUUAAAAAAACAAAGCUAGAUGUAAUUUUAACACCUGAAACAUUGUUUCAUCAACUUCGUGUUGUAAAAUCAUCAUCAGAAAUAAAUAUUAUGAAACAGUCAUGUGAAAUAGCAUCUGCUGCAAUAUCAAAAACAAUAGAAAUUGGUAAACCUGGAAUAUCUGAACAUCAGCUAUUUGCAACUGUUGAUUAUGAAUCACGUAUGAGAGGAGCUGAAUUUUUAGCUUAUCCACCAGUUGUUGCAGCUGGUGAUAAUGCUAAUAUUAUUCAUUACAUAACAAACAAUCAAAUAAUUAAAAAUGGAGAUACAGUUUUAAUGGAUGCAGGAUGUGAGUAUCAUGGAUAUUCAUCUGACAUAACAAGAACAUGGCCAAUUGAUGGUAAAUUUACUGAUUAUCAACGUGUUUUAUAUGAAGUUGUAUUGGAUGUACAAAAAACAUUGAUUAAACGAUUGGAAAAUUUUCCAUCACUUGAUCAAUUGUUUAAUGAAAUGUGUAUGCUUUUGGGCAAAAGAUUACAAGAAAUUAAUUUAAUUCCAAAAAAUUUUAAUGAUAAUGAAUUACGUAGUGCUGCUUAUUCAUAUUGUCCUCAUCAUGUCGGUCAUUAUUUGGGAAUGGAUGUUCAUGAUUGUGGUAAAAUAUCACGUGGUGUACAGGUUGAGCCAGGAAUGAUUAUCACAGUUGAACCAGGUGUUUAUGUCAACUCGAAAAAUCAUCUAGCUCCACCAGAAUUUCAUGGACUAGGAAUUCGUAUUGAAGAUGAUGUUUUAAUUACAGAACAAGGACCAGAUGUUUUAACGAAAAUGUGCCCAAAAGAAAUUCAAGAUAUUGAAGAUCUUGCCAAACGAAAUCUUGACUAAAAUAAAAAAAUUUUUAUUUUUCAAUAGUAAAAUAAUUUUAAUAACGAUAUUAGAUAUACUAAAUUUUUUACACAAAUUUGAUUUUUUAAACUUGGAGAUUUAUCUUUUCAUUAGACGAAAUUUUCAUUUGAAUUUAUUGAUUUAUAGAUUUUUAUUUGGAUAGAUAUUAGCAGUAGUAAGUAGUGCUGGGUUUUAAAACAAUAAUAAAAUGAUCUUUAUGGGAAUUUAAUUUUUAAAAUGUAAUGUAAAAAUUAUUGAAAUUCUAACAAAUAGAAUUGUAUAUAAAUGUGAAUUUUAUACUGGUCAUUUAACGUCAAUUAUGCAUAUCUUUGCAUAAUUUUUUUAUCUUGCUAAUUGACUUUCAUGAUGAGUCAUAUUAUGAAAGUAGAAGACCAGUUGCAAAACGUGGAACAUUGCAUAAUAUUCAAAAAACAUUUUGGGAUGGUGAAAGACGUACAGUGUUUCAUCGAACUUCCAAAGAAUGGGCUUCAAUUGCCAUUUUUUACUCAUGUUUUUUUGGAAUUAUAUUUUCAUUAUUUUCAUUACAACUGUGGAUCACAGUUUAUUAUGCUUUGAAUCUUGGUCAUCCAGUUGUUGAUGACAUACACCAAAUUUUUAAACUUGAAAAUAUCAAGUAGAUGAGG